UCGGAGAGGGGUACAGUGCUGGAGCCAUGGGGAAUCGUGUCACCCGCGGGGACUUCGAGUGGGUCUAUACUGAGCAGCCCCACACGCAGCGCAGGAAGGAGAUCCUGGCAAAAUAUCCAAGGAUCAAGGCUCUGAUGGGACCAGAUCCACAUUUGAAAUGGAUUGUAUCUGGAAUGGUUUUCACGCAGUUGCUAGCAUGCUAUCUGGUGAAAGACUUGUCUUGGAAAUGGAUUUUCUUCUGGGCUUAUGCUUUUGGGGGUUGCAUCAACCAUUCAUUGACCCUAGCCAUCCAUGAUAUUUCACACAACGUCGCCUUUGGGAACAAGCAGGCCAAGUGGAACCGAUGGUUUGCAGUCUUUGCCAACUUGCCGGUUGGUGUCCCUUACUCUGCUUCCUUCAAGAAAUACCACAUAGACCACCAUCGGUACCUUGGUGGGGACAGCCUGGAUGUGGACAUUCCCACGGAUUUUGAAGGCUGGUUCUUCUGCACACCGCUUCGGAAACUGCUUUGGCUCUUUCUCCAACCUCUAUUCUACAGUCUGAGACCGCUGUAUGUGAACCCCAAAGCAAUUACACAGAUGGAAAUUUUUAAUGCCCUUGCGCAGUUUUCUGUGGAUUUUAUUAUUUUCUACCUUUGGGGACUCAAACCUAUUAUUUACUUAAUAGCAGGUUCAAUUCUUUGCAUGGGCUUACAUCCCAUAUCUGGGCACUUCAUAGCGGAACACUACAUGUUCUUAAAAGGAUAUGAGACGUACUCUUAUUAUGGACCUCUGAACUGGCUCACCUUUAAUGUAGGCUAUCACAUGGAGCACCAUGAUUUCCCCAGUAUUCCCGGAAGCAAGUUGCCAAUGGUGAAGAAGAUUGCUGCAGAAUACUAUGACAACCUCCCCUACCACCAGUCCUGGAUUAGAGUCCUGUGGGACUUUGUAUUUGAUGACAGUAUUGGUCCUUACUCAAGGGUUAAGAGAAAAUGCAAACUGGCAAAAGAAAGCUAACAGAGCAGCUCCAGCUGCUGCAGUAGCAUUUUGUUUGUUUGAAUGGUUUGAGUGCUCUGCAGAAGAAGGAUGCUUUGCAUGUGCUUGAUGUAGCAUUGCUACGCGCUCUUGGGACGAAGAGGAUGAGUGUCUGCACUAUUUAAAAUACUGAUACUUUUUAAUAAGGGAUAUUUUAUGUAACCUUAAAAAACUAGAUGAGAGCAAGCUACACUCGCAUGAAUCUUGGUCUAGACUUAGAAUUAACUUCCUGGGACAUGUGCGUCCAAUUUGGAGUUUUGGCCUGGUCUGCAAUGAAGAAUAUUUGGUCCAUGAAUGGGCGUGCUUGUGUUUAGGUUAGGACUGGUUUCUCUUCAUGCCAAGCUAGAUGUAGAUGCUUUGCAUGCAUCAGACUGUGGAAGCAGGGAUGACUGGCAUGCAGUAGCAAAUGAUACUUUCUAGAGAGCACAAGGGUGCCCUCAACUCAAAGCAUUGCCUAAAUAUCUUGUGCCUGACAAUAGCUGCUUGCAGUGAUUUUGUAUGUGAAAUGGAAUACAUGUGUUUUUUUUUUUGUUUUUUUUUUUUUUUAAUAUCUGAAUCAAUAUUUUAUUAGCUGCUGUUUGACCUCUAUUUCAGGGCUUUUCCUAAACCUUUUCUGAGCCAUCUCUAUUCUUAGUAUUUGAUGUUCAGUGUAACUUAUUGACAGAGUUGAAUUGAGAUGUGGAAAAACCCUUUCUUUCUUUAAUCUUCUGCUCACUGACCAGCAAUGUGGCAUACUGCAGCUCGUGUUGUGAGAAAUGGCUAAUCCUUUUCCACUCAUCCUUUCAACAGUACUCAGAAUUUCAUUUUUCCUCAUACCUUUCACUACUAGAAGCCCCUCUGGGAGUGGAAGGGUUCUAGUUUAAAUUGCUCCUUAUAAGGGCUUUUACUAUUCCUGAUCACCUAUCAUGGUCUUCUGUGUAUUGUACCAUUUCUGUGGAUAGGAGUCGCUAUCACUGAAGACACUGGAGAUUUUAUGGUGACAUUUGUUCCUAAUCACUUUCAGUACAGUUCUAACUUUUUCUGUGAUUCAAUGGGAACUGACUCAGCAAUCAGGAAGCAUGUGUUAUUCUAGCUAUAAAAACCAUCCCUGCAUGCAGUAUAUUGCACUAUUGACAUUGACCUAGAUCUGCCAUUUCUAGCCCUUGGAAUAAUUCCAUCUUCCUGCCUCUCUUCUCCAACCACCAGCUUCUGGAUACCCUCAAUAACAGUAUUUCAUCAAAAAAAACCUUAGUCACCAUACCUUUCUCCAUGCAGAAAAUACUGAAAAAUUUCUUGGGAGUUAGGAGCUGAUAUGUCAUCUAACAACUCCCCUGCACUCUGGAAAGCUGACCACUUAUAUCUGUCCUUACUAAGUGGACAAAAGAGAACAGAUCUACAAAGGUUCUCUUAAAAACUGAGAGUUUAAUCCCUCCAGUGGUUUUGACUUUUUGUUUUCUUCUAGAAAUCCAUGUAUGUUACAAAUAUGGAAUAAUAAUUCCCUAUAUGUUGAGCUCUUAAAGACCAUUACUGGACCUGGCAUGCCCGAUUCCCUCAAUAAACACAGUUUCGUUCUUAUCUCCUACAGCACUGCAUCCAGUGAGUCGUAUUGGUAUGACUUUUUGGCAGUUUGUCUCAGUCCUGCUGCACUUCAUGAUCAGAUAUUCAACUUCCAGUGUCCUUAGCAAGCUGUUUCACAACUCUCAGCCAAUUUAGUAAGAAAACAUAAGAAGAAUAUUAAAGAUUAUUGUGUUCCUCAUUCUGUGUUAUUCCUCUGUAGAGAAUGACUUUUCUCUAGCUCCCUUAGCUGCUCUACAGUAUCAUUAACCUACUUGAUCCAUAUGUUAAUAGCCAAGCCUGAUACAGAAGCUACACUAUAAACUGAAGGUAACAAAAGUUGUUGACUGUGUCUCACCUGCACAGCAGCUGUGUUCCCACUCUGCUUUGUCACGGUCCUCCCAUUCUGCAGAGGGACUUGAAGGUGCUGGAAGUCCUGAUAUCUACUGUGCUCUCAAGUAGCAAAGUACCAGUUUAAGAGGGUCACUGGUCUCCUGGUGAGGUUGAUCACAGCUGUUCUCUACCCUUAACACCUAACAGGUAGCCUCAGAACUUCAGUGAUCUGGGAUGGAUUUAUAGUGCUGCCUAAAGCACCUGGAGAUGGGACCAGGUGUUAUUGCUUCUACCAGCUAAGCCCCCCUGUCCAUCCUGUGCACCUUGGGACUCUGCUCCCAUUAAAUGGCCCUGAACAAACUUCAGUUGAUUGUCUUAAUGACAGGAGGUGUCACCAUAGGACCACGCUGUAUCCAGGCUGCACUCAACCUGGUGACAGUGUGGUUAUCGCUGACUGUAGGUGCCACACUCCAAGGUGAAACAUGAACUGAGCUGGGGCCCAACUUUUUCAAGCUUAAUAUUUUUUAAUCUUUGUCAAGAUUAAUAGAGACUUUCACAGAAUGGCUGUGACUAUCUGUGAGGCAGAAGUUUAGAAAAGCGCUUGCUGUUGUCAGGUAUGCCAUCAAAUAGCAGAGGACAAGGGGUAAAGGCCUUACAUUGCACCAGGGAAUGUUCCAGUUGAGUAUUAGGAAAAGUUUCUUCUCACAAAGAGCAGUACUGCAUUGGCACAGGCUGCCCUGGGAGGUUGGGGGGUCACUGUCCCUGCAGAUGUACAAGAAGUGUGGAGGUGUGGCACUGAGAUGUAUUGUUGGUGGGCAUGGUUGGGUGGGUUGAUGGUUGGACUAAAUGAUUUUAGAGGUCUUUUAAUUAUUCCAUGAAAUGGUUUUAUAAUUAAGAAACACAUGAGCUAUUGUAUAUUUAUACAGCAGACUAUAAUAAACUUUAGUGAUGUUUGGCUGAGUUCUUCCUCCCAGAAAGGCUCUUUCUCCUGGUCUUGGAGCUGUAGUGUUGUGUUUCACAUCCAUGCCUUUCUGCUUUAGUUCCCACAUGAACAUCUUAUCCUGCUGUCUAUCUUUCUCUAGCCAGGUGGGAAGCCAGCACUAAACAGCUAGCAGAUGUCAGGCUUGGACUGCAGAUUACCCUUCAAUUAAGCUUAAAUUUCCCUCAUUUAUCUAGCAUUUAGGUUUACAAUGUAACUGGAAAAAAAAAAAUGUUUUCUAGAAGACAGAUGGGGUGGCUUUGAAGAUUGCUGAAGGACAACUGCAACUCUCCAAGCCAAAGCACAUAAAAGUUUAUAAGUAACCAGUGAGCCUGCCCCACCUCUGCCCUCCUGGGCAUCUUGCUGCUUGAAGGCAGUCACACAGGAUCAUGGAAUUGGGUGAGAAGGGAGCCCUGGCCCAAGCCUGCUCCAGCAGGGCCCCACAGCAGCCUCCUGGUCCCUGCCUGAGGGCUGAGGAACAACCAUGGCCCCUGGGGCUCUGCAACAGCCCCCCUGGACCUGGUUUACAACAUGAAGCCAUCAGGAAGGCCCAAAGCAAGGUGGGGGAGCUCGGGAAACGCUGAUUUCCACAGCUGAACUCCCACCACUUUGUGUCUUUUACACAAAGCUGUCCAGGAGAUUGUAUGAUAUCUGCUGCCUUGUAAAUUUCACACCAAAUCAAGUCGAGCAGAAAUUCUCAAGAUUGCACUGAUGGAAAGAAUGGUAGCAAAGAAAAAAACACGUGACCUGAUAGGUAAGAGCAAGUGUGUGAUGAAGUGCUCAGCCAUCCUGAUGCAGCAUCCCAUACUCAUUUCUGAGACCUCAGCUUCCACAAAAUAAAGGUCAGCAAAGCCUGCACAGAGUUAACAGAUGGAAAUGUGAAAUAUUAAUGAGUGACUCCCAUAAGCCUCUAGUUCAGCAGCACAGCAUGUGGGAUUUCUGCUUUGCUGUGGCCAUGCUGCCCUAAUGCCUUCAGCAGCCUUGCUCUGAAUGACCCCCCUCUCCUCCCAAAAGCUCAAACAGGCACGAGUGGUGGGAUGUGUGGGUCUUGUUUUUACUGAGGAGAUAGAGCAGGACAGUUAGUGAUGGUCUGAGGCAGCCAUAAACUGCCACCCUCCACUGAUUUCAGCACUCCCCAGGUGAGUCUUCAUCAUCACCCUCCCCAGGUCAGUGAGGAAACAUCAGUUGACAUUACAGUGGAGAAGCUGAAGGGGUUAAUGAUAUAAACAAAGGCAGGGCUAUGUGGACAAUAAACAGUUUAUUACCAAUAUGAACACAGAUACUGUGAUGCAGACGUACCAUUUUUUUUUUUAUAUUGUGAUAACUCUGAGACAAAGAACUUGUUGGCUGACAACUAACAUGUCUCUUUUCUUCUGGUGAUGCCACAAUACAUUUCUGUUGGCAAAGGAUCUUCAUUUACAUUGCAGACUACUAAUAAAAUUACUUUGAAGUCAUCUAUCAAAAGCAAA